UACUGCAUAGCCAGUCUCAAAUCUUCCCCUGCUUUUCCACUAGACUCAAACCAACGGCGAGGCGGUCCGCUCCAUGACACAAACUGGCGUCUGCUUGGCAGCCCAAAUCUGCUCAGCGACUUUGCCCCUUUUUGUAGGAGGUUAUGUCCACAAAUUAAGUGCUGGGAGAACGCCUUGUUGGGAAAGCUGAUUUUUAAUUAGAGCCUGCUUGCCGCCACGCUUGUUUUUGCUUUCGCGAGUCCGUGUCAGAGAUGGGGAUGUGAUGCUGAUGCAGGGGAGAUUGCGCUGAUCGCUCUCUCUCUCUCUCUCUCUCUCUCUCGCCCUUCUCUCUCUCUCUCCCUCUCUCUCUCUCCCUCUGUCUCUCUGUCUCUCUUUCUUUCUCAGUCACAUACUUCUGAACGCUCUGUUAUUUAUCCGUGUCUCCCAUCCCGCUGCUGGAUGAUUACACUUCUCGUAUUGGUGAUACAUUUUAAGUCUUUUAUUUGCACUCAAACUUCUCACGAUGACUGACUCUUCAGCUCCAGAUCUGUUAACUGCCCCGGACCCUGUCAUCUUGGAUCCUUCGGCCCGAAACGGCCAGUGCGCACCUCCGGAGCACAGCCAUCCAGCUAAGAGAGGAAGCCCCGGAGACCAUCUAAAUAUGGACCUGGACCAUGAAAUGAAAAUAAGUGAAAGUGUGCAGUUCAGCGACGGAGUGGAAAACAGAGGGUUGCUUGAAAGCAGCACGCGGCUCAAGCCCCACGAAGCUCAGAGCUACCGAAAGAAAGCAUUAUGGGUCUCCUGGGCCUCCAUCGUUGUCACAUUAGUCCUGGCAGUGGCAGCUUUUGCUGUUUCCUUCAUGAGAUACAGCGCUUCAGCCUUUGGAUUUGCUUUUGACGCCACCCUGGAUGUGCUUUCUUCAGUCAUCGUCAUAUGGCGUUACAGCAAUGCAGCAGCUGUGCACUCAGCACACCGGGAAUACAUUGCAUGCGUCAUCUUAGGAGUCAUCUUUAUCCUGUCAUCCCUGUGCAUAAUAGGCAAAGCGAUCCAUGAUCUGGCAAUAAAACUGCUUCCAGAAGUGGGUGGCUUCCUCUUCAGUGUCUCCAUUUUGAGUGGGAUCCUUUGUGUCAUUCUGGCGGUGGUGAAGUUCAUGCUGGGGAGGAUCUUGACCAGCCGAGCUCUCAUAACAGACGGUUUCAAUUCUCUUGUUGGUGGAAUAAUGGGUUUCUCCAUAUUAAUCAGCGCAGAGGUCUUCAAGCAUAACCCGAAGGUCUGGUACCUGGAUGGGACUACAGGAGUUCUUAUCGGACUUAUCAUUCUUUCAUAUGGUAUCAAGCUGCUUUUGGAUAUGGUGCCUCGUGUAAGACAGACUCGACACUAUGAAACAUUUGAGUGAGCCAAGUGAGAGAUAAUGGGGGCCUUUCACCUUGUACAUUUCUAAAGACUUGGAAAACUGAUCAACAAAGACCUUAAGGUGCAAGUAGUGUUUAAGUUACAAUGCAGUCCAUCAUUACUGCGAUAAACUUCAUUUGUCCAAACCAGUAUGUUAUUACGUUAUUGAUAUCAAAGUUCAGAUGGUGGGCCACAGGAGAGUUUUCAGCGCCAAUGAUACUUGAAAAGUCCCAGAUAAUAAGCUGGCCAGAUCAACUACAGAGCCAUGUGAGCCCAAUGGAUGUUCCACCUAUUGAUAAUCUCUGUUUGUAUGAUCUAGUGUGAGUGUCUAAGAUUGCAUUCUAGUGCCGAUGUUAAUAUUUAUAAUGAUUUGAGUUUUAUUUGAAAUAAAAUGCAGAGCAGUGUCUUAAUAGCAUAUAUAUACAUAUAUAUGAUUUAUAUUUAGCUUAACAUGUUCUCCUCUGAGAAACGUAGUCAAAUCUUUUAUUUUUUUACUGUAAUAAAUUCCCUUGCCUCCAUGUCUGCCUCCUGUACAAUCCGUGUGAGGCUGCUGUCUUCAAGCCUGGUUACAAUGUUGCUCUCAGGAGGCCUGCGUAUCUAUAGUAACUAGAGUGUCAGUGGGGGCUGCUGGAUGCUAGCCCCUGAGAACAGUAUCUUUUAACCUUUUGUCAUUUUGUACAGUACUUGUUUUAUUUAAAUAACAUAAAUGCAUAAUAUAUAGCAUAUGUGUGCAGCUGAGCCAUCAGACAGCAAACUCAGUCACAGAGUUCAGAGGAUACUCACAGUAUUAUCAUUAAAUUUCAUCAUAUUUGAAGUAGUGUGCAAUUUCUCCAAAGAAUCAGAAAUGUCAUUUUAAACAUAAGUGAUGUGCAUUGCAAUAAAUUCUUAGCAGAAAACAGCACACAGAAGAAAAAAAUAAAGUUGCCUACACACCUGAGUAGUAACUUUCCUUAUUCUCGGAAAAUGUGACCUUUCUGAUUAUAGUCUUGCCUGCAAAGUUAAACCUGAAAAAAGAGAAAUCCAUUACAACGUUAUUUUGCUAUUUCAGUGCCAAAAUCUAUGCUCAAUGGUCAAUGCUUCAGGAAUCACGGUAAAGGAUUCAUGGCCACACUCCUAAGGGCAAAUAAGUGAUGGGAAGAAGAAUUGGAUAUGCAUUUCAUAAAAAAUGUCAGUCACACUUCUCACUGAAGAUUUCACCUCUUAUAAAAAAGUACUCAACUAUUAAAUAUGUAACCUAUAUACCCUUUUUCAAUGCCAUAACAAUCACGAUAGAAUAUUAACUUGGGAUCUGCUGUAUUUAAAAUUUAACUGAGGUAUGAUCUAUUUCAGGGGUCGACAAGUCCGGUUCUCGAGGACUACCGUGGCUGCAGGUUUUCAUUCUAACCCUUUUUUUUUAAAUGAGUGUCAUGUUUGUGCUGGUAAUUAAUUCCUUCUGAAUUCAUUUUAAUGGACUUGUGUUUUUAAAAAUUGUUCCCCUGAAUUGCUUCAUUUCUUUCCUUAAAUGGCACCCAAACAGAAAUGAAAUGUGAAGUGAGUGAGCCAACAGAUGACCAACUAAGUCAGUGUCUCAGACUCCAAUCGGUUGAUUCUUUUCAUUAAUUAAACCUGUUCUUUAAUUCCAUGGCUUGCUGCUGCUCUCGUUGUGUAAUAGCAUAUCGACGUUCCUAAGACCUUCAUUGUUCUUUAUUUUCAGAUACUGUAUGAUGGGCACCAGUUGUUUUGGUCUUUUUUCUGUCUCAUUAUUGUUUGG